ACACACACACACACACACACACACACACACACACCCUCCAUCCCUGGAGUUUCGGGUGCACAGACAAAGUUUUUUCAGAGGGCUGAUAGGGCAGAGCAACUGUGUCUUUUCUGAAAGAGAGAAUUUGCGGCGAGUGAUUAAGGGAGAGAGCGAGAGAGAGAGAGAAAGAGAGAGAGAGGGAGAGAGAGAGAGAGAGAGAAAGAGAGAGAGAGGGAGAGAGAGAGGGAGAGAGGAAGUCAGAGGGUUGUGUCGAGCAGUUGGCUGUGACUCUCUCUGGCUGAGCACCGCCGGGCUGCAGGAUCUAUCUUCUCCCCCUUCAAGGAGACUGACGGAGGGACCUCUCACUGGAUGUCAGCACCCAACACCGAUGUAAAACACGCACUCACACACGCGCACGGAGCCUCCUUCAGCAGGUGGAGCCCUCACACCAGAAGCCCUCUCCGGGUGAAAAGAGGCUCGCGAGCCGGCGGCUUCACCUCCGCCGACACUCGGUGAGAAGGAGGCGGACCGGAGGGCAGCUCUCCGUGAUCACGUGUGCGGCGCGUGCGGACGGGAACCAACGUGUCCGAGUUUAAAACGUCAGUCUGACAACUAAACUCAGUUACGACCCGGAGGGACCACCGAGGCUUCUCCCCCCGGCUUCUCCACCGAGGCUUCUCCCCCCGGCUUCUCCCCCCGGCUUCUCCACCGAGGCUUCUCCCCCCGGCUUCCCUGCGCGAGCCGGCCGUCGGCCCCGCGGGUGUCGCGGACGCGUCGCGGUUGAACGGCAUGAAGCAGCUAAAAAGUGUGACGGGUUUGAGUUCAGUGUCACGGCUGCCUUAAGUUACCUGGCCAGAGGCGGGUGCAGCAUCGCUCUUCAGCCAAUGGGUGUGUGAUCGUCUCCCUCUCUCUUCUGCAGUGGAUGUGGUCUUCAGCAAUCGGGGUUCAGUACACACACAUGGGGAGCAGCUCAUGGACCUCAGUGUGACCCAGAGGUUGUUGCAUCCAGGCCUAGAUUCGGCCAUGCUGGCCCCCCGCCCUCCCUUCUUCCUCGGACCCCUGACCUCUCAGCAUUGCUCCCAGUUUUCCCAGCAGCACUUGCAGUAUAACAUUGAACAAAGGCAAAGAGACAUGGAGCAGGAGAAAAGAGAAGAGCUACAUCAGCUGAUACGAAAGAGUAAAAAUGAGCAGAGUGCUGUCGCCAGUCCUCUGGUCAGGCAGAAGCUUCGGGAACACAUCAUCAUGAAGAGCCAACCCGCCCAUGACCGGGUCCCUCCGAACCGCAGCAGCCCUUCACCUGGAUACAGGCUCCCGGUUCCUGACAUGUCCCCAACGCCUCAGCAUCCAGCCGGCGACCAGCGGAAAGACCUGGCCCUGCGCAGGACAGUCUCUGAGCCCAGUCUGAAGUGGAAGUUAAAGAAGCUCAUCAGCACAAGGCCGAACCCGCUGCAGCGUAAGACCAGCGCCCCCCCCGCUGUGAAGCACCGGACAGAAGCUCUGGACUCCUCCCCCAGCAGCAGCAGCACCCCGGCAUCAGGGUGCAGCUCACCCAACGACAGCCUCCAUUCGGAUAAUGGGCACCUCCCAUUGGCGCAUGAGGCACAGAGGAUGCUGGCUCAUUUCACCUCGCCUCCCAACGCCUCGGCGAUGCCCAACAUCACCGCUGGACUUCCGGCUCUGGCGGACCUGCGAGUUCCCCGGCCGUUGUCCGUGUCCGCUCUGCAUCAGGUCUACCUGCCUCUGGACGGAAGCAGUCCGGCCCUGACUCAGUGCCUGCAGCCGGUGCUCAUCCUGGAACCACAUACCGGACUGGUGCAUUCCCAGCUCGUCUCUCUUCACGGUUUGAGCUCCAUGCACCUGCAGCAGCCUCACCUGUCCUCCUCCAGGAGGGAAGGCGUGGUCACCUCCCACCGACCCGUGGGGCGAACGCGCUCAGAGCCGCCGCCCUACAGCCACCCGCCCCUCACUCUGCAUGCCGGCCGUCACUCACACAUCCAGCAGCAGCUCACCCAGCAGUACCACAAGAGCGGGCUGGAGAGGUUCAAGCAGAACGCACACCUGUGCAAGAUCCCAUCGGAGGACAUGGACCUGGAGGAGAUUGGAUCAGAAUCCGGCUCCAUGUGUGAGGACGGGCACGGCAGGAGACGCAGCACCGCCAGCUCCGAGUCCACGUCCUCCUCUCGGGACAGCUUGAACGAGCCCUCUCAUCCUCUCGGUCAGAGGCAGGUGAACCUGAGAUCAGGUCUCCAGCUGGACCCCCUGUGUGUGCCAGCCCUAGUUUGGCCUCAUCAGCCUCUGGUUCGGACCCAGUCCUCCCCGGCCUCCACUUCCCUGCCUCCUCCUCCUCCUCCUCCUCCUCCUCCUCCACCAACCACACCCUCCCUGUCUCUGUGCAGCACUGCAGCAGACGUCCAGCUGCGCUUCACCACAGGGCUGGUUUAUGAUGCUCAGAUGCAGAAGCACCAGUGUACCUGUGGGGACAACAGCCGCCACCCUGAGCAUGCUGGGAGGGUCCAGAGCAUCUGGUCCAGACUGCAGGAAAGAGGUCUCAGGAGCCAGUGUGAGCGUAUCCGCAGCAGGAAGGCCACUCUAGAGGAGCUGCAGUCCGUCCACUCAGAGAAACAUGUGCUCCUGUUUGGAACCAACCCGCUGAGCCGCCUCAAGCUGGACAACCGCAAGCUGGCUGGUAAAAUCAAUAGGAUCUUAUCUCAACGGAUGUUUGUGAUGUUACCGUGUGGAGGAGUCGGGGUCGACGUCGAUACGAUCUGGAACGAGCUGCACACGCCGGUGGCGUCCCGUAUCGCUGCCGGAUGCGUCACCGACCUGGCACUGAAGGUGGCGCAGGGGGAGCUGAAGAAUGGCUUCGCAGUGGUGAGGCCUCCUGGACACCAUGCAAACCACUCCUCCCCUCUCGGCUUCUGUUUCUUCAACUCCGUGGCCAUCGCUGCCAAGCAGCUUCAACACAAGCACAACGUCAGCAAGAUCCUGAUCGUGGACUGGGAUGUUCACCACGGCAACGGCACCCAGGAAGCCUUCUACAACGACCCGGGCGUGCUGUACGUCUCUCUCCAUCGAUACGACGAUGGGAACUUCUUCCCCGGGAGUGGACAUCCCAGUGAGGUGGGUGCAGGUGCGGGCGAGGGCUUCAACGUGAACGUAGGGUGGACCGGGGGUUUGAACCCUCCCAUGGGGGAUGCAGAGUACCUGGCUGCAUUCAGAGCCGUCGUGAUGCCCAUCGCACACCAGUUCUCCCCCGAUGUCGUGCUGGUGUCCGCCGGCUUCGACGCGGUCGAAGGACACGUGUCGUCACUGGGAGGCUACGAGGUCACGGCCAAGUGUUUUGGCUUCUUGACCCGUCAGCUCAUGUCGCUGGCCGGGGGUCGGGUGGUCCUGGCUCUGGAGGGGGGUCACGACCUCAAGGCCAUCUGUGACGCCUCUGAAGCCUGCGUGAGCGCCUUGCUGGGCAUGGAGGUGGAGCCGCUGUCCCAGUCCGUGUUGGACCAGAAGCCGUGUGAGAACGCUGUGCAGGCGUUGCAGAGAGUCGUCCAGGUCCAAGGUGAGUACUGGCGGAGCGUGAAGGAUUCGGCCUCCACCGUGGAUCUGUCCUACCUGCAGGCGCAGAGACGGCGGCUGAGACGAGACUCGGACGGCGAGGCCGUCAGCGCCAUCGCCUCGCUGUCCAUGGGAGGCGUGGCCUCUGACAAGAAACAGAAAGAAGGACGGACGGAGACAAGAGAACCUCUCUGAGGACACGGCCUCCCGACAGCUGCCGUUAACCAAGUCUCUCUGGAAACACACACACACACACACACACACACACACGCUAUGCAUGUGGACCAUCACUGGAAGCAGAUGUGCUCCUCAGUUCAACCACUGGAUUCAUCGCCUCACGACCGUCUGAUUGGAGCGCAGCACUCACCUGGGCGAAGCUCACGCUCUCAUGACGCCUCGAGGCCGCCUGCCACCGAAGGGAGAAACGGUCGAAAAGAAAGACAACGAGGGUCAGAUUCAUGACGCCUCCUCACAUCCACCUUGUUAAACGACCUGCUGUGACCUUGAAGGCAGGGUCGGAGGUCGCAGGUCUUCUGGUCGCGUGACCGAAUGUGACAAAGAUCCGAUGAAGGAACAUUUUUGCACUGCAGCGUUCGAGGAGACGCGUUCGACAAUCCAACUUCCUGUGUGUUCGUGUUUUUUUUACAUUGCGUAUGAAUAUUCAUUUCAUUUGACCUUCGGGCGCACGUCUUUGCGAAUGUCGGCCGAUUUUAUUUCUUGUUGUUUAAGAAGAGAUGCACGCGUUUCAUAUCUCUGUGUAAGUCUUAGAUAUUCUUUUCUUUCACAAAGUGCAUCUUAAAAGGCGGCGUGUCAAUAUCGGGGGAGACGGACAUUACAAUCAAAUCCCCCAUGAUGCCUCGGUGCAGCGCGACCACUCGGGACACUCAAAGUGCUCUUCCGUUGCCCUCAGGGCGGCGAGAUCUUAAAAUCUGAACUUUUGCUAAUGUUUGUUUAUUGGACCAGUGUUUCUACCUGUGGAUUUACAUUCCUGCUGCACUUGUAAUUUCUUUUAAACUUUUCUUUUCACAAUGAGGACAAACUGAUGGGUCCUUUUGUUUGUCGUUGACGUAGCAAUGUUCUGCUUCCUGUCGCCGGCGGCGGCGUUUAGCUGCCCGGACCAAACGAGACCUUGUAGCAGGAGGAUGGAGCGAUGAUACGGAGAUAGUUGAAUAUCCACUCGGUGCAAUUGGACACAGGUUAAGAGCAACCCCGAGUUUAUGAGAUCAAUGUGCCAUUCCUGCCCUGGCAUGGCUUAAAGGACUUCAAAGACUUUCUGGAUGUGUAAACAAAUUCUUUUUUUUUUCCCCAAAAAAUAUUUAUACAUUUAGAGUCCGUGUCUUUGAAGUGCUCUUUGCAUGUCUAACACAAUUACGACGGUGCUAUUGACAUUUUUGCAUUUUUCAUUCUUUCUUUCUUUACGUCAAAUAUUUGUCCACGUAGUGAAAACGUGAACGUGCCGUCGGUCUGAGUGCAGCUGAGCGUCGUCUCGCCUGAACAUUCGUGUUUUGUCUUAAUUCACGCAAAUUACUUAUUUUUGUAUUUGAUCUAAAAAGAAAAACGAAAAUGAGACCAAAUCGUCUGCCUGAAAAGUGUCGUGCGGACCGGCCUGUGUAAAGGUCAAAGGUCGCCUGAACCAACUGGAUCUUAAUUUAAACUGAACUGACUCUCUGGACUUGUACAGUGUACAUAACGACUUUGUUUAGUUUUAUUGUCACCCUUUUGUCUUUUCUACUGUUUUUGUUUCCCAAAUAAAUCCUUAAUAAAGGUAAACUGAGUACAUUUGAAUGAGA